AUGUUUCAAAUAGUCAGGCGUGCCUUUCAGAUAGACUACGGUGGCUCAAGCGUAUCCGACUUUGUUCGUCACUUCAAUAUGCCCAAGGAAGUCAAGGACAUCAAGCAGUUCCUCGAGAUUGCUCGAAGGAAAGAUGCCAAGUCUGCUGCAGUGAAGAAGUCGACACCGAGACGGCCAGGCGCAAAGACUGUGACCAAGUUCAAGGUCCGAUGCUCUCGCUAUCUCUACACGCUCGUCAUUGCCGAUGCGGACAAGGCCGAGAAGCUGCGUCAAUCGCUACCGCCAACACUCAAGGUGACAGACGUCGACAAGGACCUCAAGAAGAGCAAGAAAAAGUCGGCAUAG